AGACUUGUUAUUGUUAAUUGUGAGGAAACAUGUCCAACAACACAUCCAAUUCGUGCUCUAAAAAGUACAUGAAAAAGAGAUAUCUCUUUUUGUUUCCGCUGUUUGGUUUGCUGUUGAUUUUAAUUGUUAAAUACUCGACUGAAACUGGAAACGAACUUGAUGCUCAGUCGCUAUCCGAAUGUUUAUUUUGUAAGAUUGCCAAGGGCACGUUCUCAACCACAAAACUCGAAUUUGAAGACGAGGAAUUCGUAAUUUUUAAGGAUAAAAACCCAGCUGCUAAGAUCCACUAUUUGGCUGUUCCCAAACAACAUUAUGAUAGCAUUAAGGCUUUGAAUAAAUCCCACAUCGGCCUAAUUGAGCGUAUGCAGAAUGGAAUGAUCAAUUUUCUGAAAUCAAAAGAUGUGGAUUUAUCAGUUGCAGUUAUCGGUUAUCACGUGCCUCCGUUUAUCUCACAAAAGCAUCUGCAUCUACAUGGAAUAUCGCCCGUUUCUGAAAUGAGCGUCUCAAAUCGGAUAAGCUUUUUUAUGCCAUCGUUUUGGUUCAAGUCGAGCCAAGAUGUUCUCAGAUCCUUACAACGUUCUGACCUUAAGUGAUGAUUGGAAGAUUGAUUGGUUUCUCCCCGGAGGCAGAGAUGGUUUUUAAACUGACAGAUGAACGGAUCAAGAAUAAACACAAGUGAUCUCCUCGUUAUACAUUCCUUAAAAAAACCUAUUCAGAAAGUAAUGUUUAAACCAAAACAUCCCGUCAGAAACAAAAAUAAUUACAAAUUAA